GAAAUGAGCACAUCCUGUUGUUUUAAUAGAGUCUUCCUGUUGAAGAGUUCCAAGCUGAGGUGGACAUACAGUUAGAACCACCACAGGAUUAAAGCAUAAUGGCACACAUAUCUAUAUCUACUUUGAAACCAGCAGGGACUCUUUUGUUUUGGGUCUGUCUGUGUCUCAUGGUCCCAACACUGCAGACCCUGGUACCAAACGAACAGAAACAAACUGUGAGACAGACUACAUCAACCAUGCUGACAGAAGUACAAACCACUGCAUACAUCAGAGCAGAUCCUGGCUACGGAGAUGGAGGAACAUUUGGCUGUGGUAACAAGAUCAACUGUGACACAUACUGUUCAUUUUGUGUGAACAGUAACUUGAGAACCCAAGAAUGCUAUGAACUGCUGUUGCAUUUGUGUGAAUAUAAUUUUAAUGCUGAUAUGGGGUCCAUGAACAGUACCGACUGGUGUUCAUUGGAAAAUGUAAAAAGUGCAUACAACAAUUUCACUGUGUGUACGGAGUCUAUUGCUGAAUGUUUGCUGCUUCCCUGGCCGAAUCAGUUGGUUGAACAUACAUUUGUGAAAAUCCACAAAACCUAUUUUCAAGAAUGCCCCACCGAGGCACUGAGAGACCCCCCUCCCAGCAUCAUCCUUGCCCUUGUCAUGACCCCCAUAUGCUUAAUCCCUGUUAUGGUGGUCCUAGUUGUUUUCAAGACUAAAAAUGGAGACAGGAGGUCCUAGACGUCCAGGUGCAAGAAGAUUUUAUUCUUAUUCCUCCUUCUGCUCUGUUUCUUCUUCAUCCAAGAUGGUAUCCCACCCCGGGAUAAUUUCCUGACUCAACGCUCCCCAGUAAAUGUGCACCUGGCCGUCUCCAGGAUUGACUAAACCAGGAUGGACGAUGAGCAUUUGUUCUGGGGGUGAUCUCUGACUGGAAAAUUUUACUGUAUUUCAAUGAAAUAAUUGAUGGUUAGAAAUGUAUAUUUAUCAUUAACAUACAGCUAAUGUGCAUUACCGAUAUUUCACAGCAUUAUUAUCUCCAAAUUGCACAUAAACGUUUUGUUGUCUUCAGGAUGUAAAUACAUAAUCCAUUGAAAUGUGAAAUAGCAAUGGAAAAAUUAUUAAUUUGCAGUAUUCAGACAAAUUGUGUACAUAACCAAAUGUACAAAACAACAAUGCAGAACCACAAAUUUGUUUGGGUGUCCACUUUAUGCACUGUAAGUAGUCUUUAACCCAUGUUUUAAUGUAGAUUUUGAUGUUAGUUAGGUGACAAGAGCUGUUUAGCUGACAAUUAGUGUAACAUCUUUGUGAUUUCAUUUCUAUUUUGACACUAGUCAUAACGAUUGACUUUUUAAAUUUAUUAUGACAGCUAUUGAGGAAUUAAGCAUAAAUGACUCAAUUUGAAUGCAUGACGAAACAAAGCCGACUGAAAGCCACCCAUUUCAAUAGGCAGCUUAAUAAAUAACUGUUUAUUUAUGUAAGUUAAUGACAUGAGGUGACUCUGAAAAGUAAACUUUUAAGAGGGAAGGGAAUGUCAGAAAAUGGAGAUUUAUAUAGAUUGUAAUGUCCACUUGCAUUGUUCAUGUUAAUUUUACUGUACCACUCAAACAGAACUGCAUUAUACUUUGCUUACUAUAUAAUUACUGUAUCAGUGUAGUCACACGAAAGAGACUGACAUUAGUGUUUUAUAAUUAUUUCAGUAAUUGAUUAUGAAGGACAUUUUCAAGCUUAAGUCUGCAGAUUGUUCUCUUUUUUUUUUUUUUAUAGACCAACCAUUUUAAGAGCCUGUAAACUAUUUUACAAUUUUAUACUUCACCUCCUACUUCGAUUGGACAUGUUUUUAAAUAAUUAAACCACAUUUUACCUAGA